UUCCAAAGCAUACUAAGAUCAUAUUCUACAGGGACUUAGCUUUCUUGUCUGUCCUUACGCUCGCUCACCUACGUGAUUUUCCAUGCUCUUCAAAACAAAUUCAACUUAUGCUACAUAAAUGUCUUCACUACUUUUUAUGUGCAAUCCUUGCUCUUUCUUACUUUCUGCACAGUGGCGUCCUUAGUCGCGCGCUUUGAAGCUAUGACUACCACCUCAAACGACCAUUUAGGUGGGCGAAAAUCUCCACUCUCUCAAUCCCAAAUGCCACCUGCCGAUGAAUGUCAGAUGGGUCAAAACUUCUUGCAGAUCAUCCGCCCACACCAGCCGACUGUUGAUGAUGUUUCUCAGUAUGAAUUGGUUUCACGAGUAGAAUGGAAUGACAAGAAACUAUCAAGGUAUUCUUUAGAUUUGACCGUCCAGCCGACUGUUGAUGAUGUUUCUCAGUAUGAAUUGGUUUCACGAGUAGCAUGGAAUGACAAGAAACCAUCAAGGAACGAGGAAAUUAACAAAUUGGCUAAUGAUGAUGAUAAUUCAGAGGCAAAUCAUAUCAGGCCUGUCCCCAUAGCCCAACGUCCAAGCCCUUAUACAAACAGUAAACCAACUUGUGAAUCUCCGUUCAGUUCAGGCAAGGAAAGUAAUACUAUCCUAUCUACUUUUGUUUCUUUGAGCAGGAGGUGCUUUAAAAUGGAAGAUAGAGAAAUUACUGCUCAAAAUUUUGAAAAGAAAUUGAUCCAAAACAAACCCAAGGUUAUAAGCUCCGGUGAGGAGUUCCGUAGAAGAUUAGAAGCUCCGAUUAUUAAAGUGAUUUGUCUUCUGUGGCAUACACUUACAAGUGCACAAAGAUGUGGUCAAUUCAAAUCCAACAACACACAGACCAAACAAAUGUCUGCAUUUGAAUUAUGUACGCUAAAGCUACCGAAAGCAAAAUGCUCAUUGAUCUCAGAAAGAGAAACAUCUGCUGCAACAGCAACUGUUGAGCCCGAAAUACCAAACGAAAGUCAGGAAACUGAAACAGAAGAAAGAGAUCUACAGUUUUUGUGGGCAGAAACAUGGCGACCAAAAAGAUUGGGAGAUUUCCUGUGUCACAAGCAACAAGUACGAGAACUUCAGUUGCUGGUUUCUCAAAGGCGAUGUCCACAUAUGAUUUUUGAAGGUCCUCCUGGUGUAGGGAAAACUUCCCUUGUUCGAGCUAUGAUCCAAGAAAUAUUUCAAAGUCAAGAGCAAAUUAGACAUGGAAAAAUAACAAUCCAAGUGGGGACUUGGGCAGAAUCAGUGACCAAAAUUGUUGUGCCUAUAAAGGCAACUUCAAACCACAUAGAAAUCAACCUCAGCAACUUGAGUGGCUAUGAGAGGAACAUUAUUGGCUUGCUUAUCAGGGAACUCCACAAGGCCAGGCUUGAAACCAAUAUGACAGAAUCUGCUGUAGACUAUAAAGUUAUAGUAAUUGGUGAGGCUGAUAAGCUUACCAGUGAUGUUCAACAGUAUAUCCACUGGCUAAUGGAACGUUACCAAGAUUCAUGCAAGCUUAUUUUCUGUUGCUCUACUGUCAACAAUCUUCAAUCUAUAAGUUCUCUCUGCAAGGUCAUUGAAAUUGAACCUCCAACAAAUGAGCAGAUGAUAGAAGUUCUUGAGCAUAUUGCAAAGAAAGAGGGGAUAACUUUACCUAGACCUUUUGCACAACGAAUAGCAGAGAAUUCAGACAAAAAUCUUCGCCAAGCAAUCAGAUCCUUGGAGGCCUGUUCAAGAUCUCAAUAUCCAUUCAUAGAGGAUCAAAAGAUUCUAACAGGCUGGGAAGAUGAUAUUACAAAAAUUGCACAAUACAUCAUGGAGGAGCAGAGUCCAAAACAGCUCUAUAAAAUCCGAGGCAAGCUUCAAAAUCUAGUUAUACACAACGUGGAUCCAAGUUUUGUUUUCACUUUUUUGGUGGAAGAACUUAAGCACAAUUUAGAUGAUAAUUUGCAGAUGAAACUUCAGAAUCUCUAUGUGGCUUUCAAAGGCAAUAGCUUCAACGAUGGAGAACCUUUGACAGAAAAUCAAAGGACUCGAGAUCGUGUUCAGCAUGCAAAAAGAAAUGCGUAUCUCUAUGUCAAAAUAGAAGAGUUCACAGCCAGGUGUAUGAGUGUCUACAAAUCAAUGAAAACGAGACCAACAUGAUCAAAAUCAAAUUCAAUGGGAAUAAAAUCCAACUAGCAUUCCUUCAAAGUUACACGAAUCAAAAGUACAGGCAUUGUUUACCAAGAAUUGAUGGAUUUGGAACUUUGAUAUAAACAAGUUAAUAACAAAAGAAAUGAAAUUUUCAAAGCCAAGGUUAUCUAAGUAUUAUAAUUAUAAUAUUUUGAUUCUCCUUGAACUAUGGCUUUUAAAGCAGUAUCUUAUUUUUCAAAUAAGAAAGAAAGUAUUAAAGAUCUUAUUUGUUUCCACCAGAAAAUAGGUGUCAGCCAUGGUGCCCGUGCUUUAAGAUUCACCUGGCAUUGAGUUGCCAUACAGUCUUAUACAUCUCCACCAGAAAAUGCGUGGAGUCCAUUGUGUCCCAGCUUUGAGCUUUGCUUGGCGUUGCAUUGUCAUACUUGUAUGAAUAUUUCAUUGGUUUUGGUCCUUAUGGACUAAUUUUUAAGGUC